AUGUCUCUCUAUGGUCAAAGUAUCUACAUGAGACGAGUAAUCAGUUACCAGUCCCCAAUGUUGCUUCAUUCCUUAGAGAAUACUAGGCAAGGUAUUGGUUCUGUUCUGCCCCAUUGCUCGCUCGUACAGCAGCACCUGUGGUCGCGAGGUAUCUCAAACACUGAAGAAUACAUACUGCUAAAUACUUUCCUGACCUUCAGCUACAUUAUUUUCUCUGAGUGUGCGACUUGCCACAGUGCAAUGCAACUCAUUAUAUCUACAGUUAUAACCCCAAACCUUCAUCCAUACACCACGGAAGCUAAAACAGGCAUUAAAGACAUUCUUCCCUUUGAUUCCUGCGGGUCUUCCAGCAGCCCCCCCGGGAUCAACUGGAGCCAGUGGUGGACGUACGACGGGAUCUCCGGGCCUCGUUUCUGGGGCGUCAUCAACCCGGCCUGGGGGAUGUGCCGCGAAGGCCGCCGUCAGUCCCCCAUCAACGUGGAUCCCAAGACGCUUCUCUUCGACCCGAAUCUCACGCCAUUUACAUUGGAUAAGGUCACGGUGGCCGGCGAACUCAUCAACACAGGACACAGCGUGGAGUGGAGGGCCGCCCGCGACUCCGUGAUGGUGAAUAUCACGGGCGGCCCCCUCAGCUACGUCUACACCGUCACCCACGCCCGCCUGCACUUCGGCGAGCGCGAUCAGCAGGGCUCGGAGCACCUGCUGGACAACAGAGCCUUCCCUGCUGAGUUGCAACUGUAUGGAUAUAACUCGCAGCUGUACCGGAACUUCAGCCAGGCGUCAGGUCAAGUCUAUGGAGUAGUGGGCAUUGCUCUGCUCGUUCAGAUACAGUUCUGCAGACCUCAGUGUCGUGUUCCAAACUCAUGA